AUGUCCCAGCCUCCCUCGUGCCCGGGAACGCCACGAAGCUACGGUCGCGGCAGAUCUGCCAUAGCAGAGGUCAUGGCUCGUACGCCCAUCCGGCGCGAUUCCUUUGAUCGAUCCAACGGAUUCCCGACCAUGGACAACGAACAGGCACCUCGACGCUUCUCCACUGGCGCUGCUCAAGUUCCCAUGCCUACACCGCAGGUGCGGCUGACACAAGCCGUAGCUGAGUUGGAGUUGGAAGAUCGUCGGUCAAAAGAGCCAAAAGACACCAGCGCUGCGCAGUCUCAAUUCGACAUGCGGACGGAUACGCCCUCAAUCGCAAGACUGGCCGCACUGACGAGCCCGUGCUACUUCCACAAAAGGUUCUCUCAGGCCGUCGACAUUGAACGCGUGAUUGAGGAGAUUCAAGCAGAUGAUCAGAUCUCACAUUCUAGGCUCAUGCAGACGGCCGCAAGUGUGCGUGAAGUCUCUCGAAAGCUGCAACGACGGCCGUUGAAGAAGGCUGUCAAGAGUGUUCUCAUCGUCACCAAGGCACGGGACAACACAUUGACUUCCCGCACUCGCGAGCUCUGCGAAUUCCUCUUGGGAACACCCCGUUAUGGAAGAGACGUCGGAGUCAACGUAUGGGUAGACUCCAAGUUACGGAACUCGAAGCGCUUUGACGUCGAUUCCUUGCUGGCACAAAACGAACGAUAUCGUGACAUGCWGGGCUUUUGGACCCCCACUCUGUGUCUGGAUCGUCCUGAGCUCUUCGAUCUCGUGGUGACACUGGGCGGAGACGGCACAGUAUUGUUUACAUCUUGGUUGUUUCAACGCAUUGUGCCGCCCGUCCUUGCAUUUUCUCUUGGUUCACUCGGUUUUCUUACCAACUUUGACUUUGCAAAGUAUAAAGAGCAGCUGAAUACAGUAAUGGGAGAUCAGGGCAUGAGGAUCAAUCUCAGAAUGCGCUUCACAGCAACAGUCUAUCGAUCUGCGGCAGCCCAAACCGAUGGUCAAUCCAGGGCCAUAAACGAGCGUGGUAGUGGAAGCAAGAUCGAAGGCGAGACCCAUGAGGUGCUGAACGAGCUGGUUAUUGACCGCGGCCCAAGUUCUUACAUCUCAUCUUUGGACCUCUACGCAAACGACAGCUUACUCACCAGGAUCUCGGCAGACGGUAUCAUUCUCAGCACUCCGACGGGCAGCACUGCCUACUCACUAUCCGCGGGAGGGAGCCUUGUUCACCCCGACAUUCCCGCAAUACUUUUAACCCCUAUCUGUCCCCACACUUUGUCCUUCCGUCCAAUGCUUUUAAAUGACGACAUGGCUUUGAAGGUUGCGAUUCCGGACACUGGUAGAGGAACUGCAUUUGUWUCGUUCGAUGGCAAAGGACGCGUCGAGCUCGGGCGUGGUGACGAGGUGGUCGUCCGCGCAUCCCAGUACCCAUUCCCCACAGUGAUGGGCCAGCCGUUGGAGUGGUUUUCGAGCAUCUCCGAGACUCUGCGAUGGAAUACUCGCUCAGCUGAGCAGAAAAGCUGGAGCGGCGGGGACGAUUUUGCCGAUUCCGAGAAGGAAAAGUGUGAUGAGAACGAGUUUGACAUUGAUUUUGACGACGAUGAAAAUGAGAGUGCUAAGGAUAGUGGGUAUGGAUCUGAGAAACGCUAUUAG